UCUCCCCUCUACCAACGAGAAAAACAGUGGAAUCUAGCGUCCAUCACCAUCUCAACCUUGCAUCAUCGAUCCAGGCCCAUUUGCGGGUAGAGCGACGCUCUGGCUGCAUUUAGUCCAUCUUUCUACCCUCUCGGUGAAAAAAAUCCAAUUUCCCAGCCUCCAACUACUGUCCCCACAUCCAUCCAAUUGAAGCCUCUUCGCUUCACCAUCGCAUCCCCGUCUCAGCAACCAUUCUCUAAGCGUCGCUCUUGAACACCAUGUCAAUGUAUCCCGCCCAUCGCGGGAUGGGCGGCGUCCCUGCCGGUGGCAAUGGCGUUGCACGCAUCAGCGAUCUCCUCGAGCAGAUACGAUCUGAAUUUGAGGGCCAGCUGCGAUCCGGCGAAAACUUUGAGCAUCAGAUCCAAAGUCAGGUGCAAGAGAUGCAACUGGUCCGGGAGAAGGUGUACAACAUGGAACAGACUCAUCUUCAACUGAAACAGAAGUAUGAAGAGGAGAUCUCUCUCCUUCGCCGUCAGCUUGCUGACGCCCGAGGCGGAGCACCACCGGGCGCCAUGGGCGGGCCUCCUCAACAUGCAGGCCCUUCACAACAACCUCCGUCGAUUGGGUCGGGAAGCCACGUUUUUGGGGCCAUUAUGGAUGGCCGGGGUGGUCAAGCUGGCCUUGCGCCACCUCCACCUCCGCCGCAGGAGCAACAACCUCCUCAACAUCAAAUGCCUCCGGCGCCCCCAGGCCUCCAGGGUCCUCCGCCUCCUCCACCACCACCACCGUCCCAGCAACCGCCUUUCCAGCAACAAUAUCCCCAGGGACCCGGGCCGAGCGGUUUCCCUUCCCAACCCCCGCAGAGCACCGCGUCCCCCGGGCCUGGUAAGCGAGGCAUUGGCAGACCUCCUCAAGCGGGCGGUCCGGCCACUCCGCAGAUCAACACCCCGAUGCCGUACCCUGGGCCGGGCCAAUCUCCCCAGAUCCCCGCUCAACCGACUCCCGACCAUGCUCGAAUGUCGCAACAUCCCCCGCCGCCUCCGCCUCCUCAAAGCAACUCGCUGAGCGACCUUGAUCCCGAGCGCAUCCCCCUCCACAGCAAGAAGAUGAAGGACGACUGGUGGCUCAUUUACAACCAGGGUGUUCCUCGCUGCCUUGACGUGGAGUUGCUGCACACUCUACAACACGAGAGCGUGGUCUGCUGCGUUCGGUUCAGUGCGGAUGGCAAAUAUGUAGCAACCGGCUGCAAUCGGUCCGCUCAAAUUUACGAGGUCAGCUCCGGCGAGAAGUUGUGCAUUCUCCAGGACGACAGCAUCGACCUGAACGGAGAUCUCUACAUUCGGAGCGUCUGUUUCAGCCCAGAUGGAAAGUACCUCGCCACAGGGGCCGAAGACAAGCUAAUCAGAGUCUGGGAUAUCGCGACAAGGACUAUUCGGAACACCUUUGCGGGUCAUGAACAAGAUAUUUACUCGCUCGACUUCGCCCGGGAUGGACGUACGAUUGCCUCGGGAAGUGGGGACCGGACCGUCAGGCUAUGGGACAUUGAGGCGUCGGCGAAUAUUCUGACGCUGAGCAUUGAAGACGGCGUCACCACGGUAGCGAUCUCGCCAGACACGAAGUACGUGGCCGCCGGCUCGCUCGAUAAGAGUGUACGCGUCUGGGAGAUUGCAAGGGGCUUCCUAGUUGAGCGCCUGGAAGGCCCAGAUGGGCAUAAAGACAGUGUCUACUCAGUUGCCUUCUCACCCAAUGGGCGUGAUCUUGUCAGCGGUAGCUUGGACAAAACCAUCAAGAUGUGGGAACUCAGCGCACCUCGUGGGAUCUCGUCGACAGGUCCUCGGGGAGGGCGAUGUGUCAAGACGUUUGAAGGUCACAGGGACUUCGUUCUCAGUGUCGCAUUGACUCCCGAUGCUGCCUGGGUCCUGUCUGGAUCGAAGGAUCGCGGCGUUCAGUUCUGGGAUCCUCGCACAGGUCACACGCAGCUUAUGCUUCAGGGCCACAAGAACUCUGUGAUUUCUGUUGCCCCCAGCCCCACUGGCGGAUACUUCGCAACUGGUUCUGGAGAUAUGAGGGCUCGUAUUUGGUCAUACAACCGCAUUCCUCCGCCGCCGCCGCAGUGAACGGGAAAUGGAAAAAGCUGGGAAUCUUCCCGAUGGUAGCUUCCUUUACCCAGGGCUUUUCUGGCAGGCCCUCUAAAAAUGAACUGGCGCUCGCAAUUGUCCGGUAAUGGAGCCGCCUGCGGGAUUUGAAUUGUUCUACUCCUUUGAUCGAAAUGGGCCUAGCACUUUGGGUGGCCUGGGAAUAUUAACUGGCGUCAAGGUAAGAAGAGCACCGUUGAGUCAUGAUUUAUGCACAGUUGGGCUGGAACAAGGUGGACGUGGGUCUUAAUGUUUUUUGUUUUCGAAUCAGUAUCCCAACCACAACUCCAAAUGCAAAAAGAAAAAAGAAGAAAAAAAUCGAUACAGAGCUCUCCAUUACGGAUUUAGGGACGGUCAGAAGAUAGUAUUAGUGUUAGCAAUUGCGAAUAAUCCGUUUCCCAC